GUCUAAUCCCGGUGCCACUAGGCAUGGAGAGCGAGAAAAUACCUGACGGGAAAAUCACUGCGUCAUCGUACUAUGAUGAAAGAUACCUACCCCACUAUGCAAGAUUGAGAAGAGUUGGUAAAAAUUGCAGUUGGGAACCUCCCUACAACUUUAAUUCAGCCACGUGGGUUCAAGUCGAUCUAGGGAAACUGGCCAUUGUUACAGGAAUAGCGACACAAGGAAACUGCUACACUAGUCCCACAGAAUGGGCAAAAUCGUAUUCGGUUUCGUACAGCAAAGAUGGAAAUAAUUGGAAAUAUUUUGAAGAAUCAGGAGGUGUAAAGGUUUUUCAGGCAAACAGGGACAAGCAUACCAUUGUAACCAAUGUGUUUAAGAAUGCCACUCAAGCCCGGUACCUGCGUAUUUGGCCAAAAACGUGGUCGUAUUAUCCAGCGUUGAGGCUCGAAUAUUACGGAUGUUAUCUGUAGGACUUGUGUUGCACAGAUGAUUUUGAAUUUUACCAUCUUAUGUGAACAGAGAACCUAGAGAGACAAUGUAAUGAUGCGUAAAUUAAGUCGUCCUUAGUUUAUUGGACGGCAACACGACGACGACGCGGCUGAAAUUAUUCUUUAGAUAAAUGCUAUAGCAAAGUUGUUGUUGUAUAUUAUUAAUUGUACCAAUUUGAGUAUAAGGCGUUAAGAACAUUGUACUGACAUGUGUUUAAGGACAAUUCUAUAGAGCCUACUUCGAGGUAUAGGUCUCCCUGGGUCCUGAAAUGCACCCGUUCUAGGCAAGACGUAAAAAACCUCGUU